AUGUCCUCUCAUAAGGCUUUCAGGGUCAAGAUAUCCCUGGCCAAGAAUCAAAAGCAGAAUCAGCCCAUUCCCCAGUGGAUUCAUUAGAAACAUAGUAAUAAAAUCAGGUAGAACUCCAAGAGGAGACAGUGGAGAAAAACCAAGCUGGGCCUCUAA